AUGAGAGGCAAAAAGAGAAAAGAUAUGGAUAAUGGAAGACACCAGCCUUUUGACAAAAGGGUGCAUUUCAGCAUGAGGCUAAUGGAAAGUGCCAGCACACACAGAGACAUUGUGGUGAGAAAGAAAGAUGGUUUCACCCAGAUCUUACUAUCAAUCAGAUCAACAUAUAAUAACACAUUGAAUAGAGAAGUAAUGAAUGAAAUACAGAGUGCUCUUGUUAGAGCUGCUGCUGAUGACAGCAAGUUUGUGCUGCUCAGUGCAGUUGGCAGUGUCUUUUGCUAUGGUCUUGAUUUUGAUAACUUUGUGAAGCAUUUAAAAUAUAAUAGAAAAAGAGCUAGUGUUAAACUAGUGGAUAUCAUCAAAAACUUUGUGAAUACUUUUAUUGAGUUUCAGAAACCUAUCAUUGUAUCAGUCAAUGGCCCAGCCAUUGGACUAGGUGCAUCUAUACUGUCUCUCAGUGAUGUGGUUUGGGCUAAUGAGAAGGCUUGGUUUCAAACCCCUUACACAAGGCUUGGACAGGGUCCAGAUGACUGUUACACAAUUACUUUUCCAAAAAUAUUGGGAAGAGCAGCUGCCAAUGAAAUGUUGAUCAAUGGGUGGAAGAUGAAUGCACAAGAAGCACUUGCCAAAGGCCUGGUCUCUCAGGUGUUUUGGCCUGAAACUUUCACGCAAGAAGUUAUGGUUAGAAUUAAAGCGCUUACUUCAUGCAAUUCAUUUGUUCUGGAGAAUUCCAAAGAUCUUGUGCACUACAACAUGAAGAGAGAGUUGAAACAGGCCAAUGAGAGAGAGUGUGAAGUCCUGAGGAAAGUCUGGGGAUCAGCACAAGGAAUGGAAUACAUGCUGAAAUAUGUGGAAAAUAAAAUUGAUACAUUUUGA